CUUAGGAAAAAAAACCCUGACUGAGGUUAUCAUAAUUCACGCAUGAAUUCGUCCCAUCCUUCUAUCGUCCCACCUCUACAAAUUUCCCGUGAGCAGAUUUCAGUGUGGCAGCAAGUGACAAGCCUAGGAGGUAACAUCGCAUCUCUUUUCUUGUCGUCAUUUAAAGACCUGGAGUAGGCAACAGACACAGUGCGAGAAGAGACGAACAAUGUUAACACUGAACGACUUUCAUUUGACGGCUUGGUAGGAAGUUUUUGUUGUUGUUGCUGUAAUUAUUUGGGCUGAUUUUCCUGUCUGUCACUCAAAUAUCAUGAAAGGUGUUGACGAGCCGCCCGAGGACAGAGAGAAACCCGCCGGUUUUCAUCGCGUCUCUAACAAAAGCUGGCCGGGGUUGUGAGUUGCUCAGGUGUACAGACUGGUGACAAAUUACAGCAAAUACACCUAAAUAACCAGGUCUACCUGAUGUCUACCAAGAACUGCCUCCCUUUUCACUUUGUUGGUAUUUGUAAGAAUGCCUUCUACUUUAAAGGGACUGGAGAAGAUGAAGAUCUGGAUGAAGACCGUUUACAAAAAGACGCACCAUGCAAGUUCUAUUGGAUCCAAAGCCAUGGCAGCAAAUUCCUGAUUUAUGAUGAGGACAAAUUUGAAGCACAACCCUUAAGUAUAUACGAGCAACGUCAGUCUGAGUGCAAGUUCUGCAUCCAGACUUAUAAAUUUAUAACAGAGGGCAAUAAAAAAGAUGAGAAGAAGGGCACUACAGUUGUGCUAUACACCAAGACAGAUGGCAAGAUAAUGGUGGCAUGCUGCAGUGAGAAUGAAAUUAAGGCUGAGGAAAUGAAUCUUCCAGAUGAAAUUGAGGAAGAUCAACACAAGGUGGUGUUCUUAUUGAAGAAAAUCCCCUCAGCCUCUAACACAUUCAUGUUUGAGUCCUAUGAAAAAAAGGGAAAAUUCCUGGCAUUUGAGCCCGAGUAUGAUUCCAGUUUUGAGAAACUGGUCCUGCGUAGUAAAGUUGAUGAAGUGGAUGUAGGUUGCGAGUGGCAGCUUUCUGUUGCGGGCAGUGACUAAUGUGAUUGACUGAUUGAAAAUAUCUGUUUUUACAUCACCCUGUUUGUUUCAUUAAGGAUAAAU